AUGAGUGGCAUCCCUGGCUACAAUAGUGGCAUGCACUCGCCAAAGGUUGUACUUCGAGUCACCCGUUCUUCCAAGGCAAAGGCAGAUUCCACGGUCGCCCCAGAACCCUCGCCUUCCACCCCGCCUCCCCGCAAGCCCCGAGCUCCCACGGAACCGAAGGCCGUCUCUAUCAACGCCGCUCUGAGAGCGAAUGCCACCGCCCUUCUCAUUGAAUGUAUCCACUUAAUUGUACUCCGCGCUUCGCCUCGGGAAGGUUUGGAGAAGGAUCUGCACGAAGUCCUCUCCCAGCUCUUGGACGCCCCAGCCCUCGAAAUCCACCCAUCUGCACGCAGGCUGAACUCGGUCCAAGAGCUCAAGGACUGCGUCGCACCUUGGCUGUGGGAAGCCGCUCGAGAGAUGUCCGUCCUCAAGACGCUCCACGAGAGCGGCCUUGAAUCAGUGCUUGGCAUGAUUUUCUUCUACUGGUUUACUGCCUCUGCUCGCUCGGAGGCUACUGCAGAGAACCUUGCCUCUCAACUCUUCGGCGAGACACCAACCCCGGACGACAACGCCUCCGCUUCGAUCUCAGGAAGGCAGGAGCUGAUUCCACUUGAUGGUCGGCUGACUCAGGACGUUGACCCGUGCUCGGAGGACGACGGAUCGGUCUCUGGGGAGGACAGCCAUGUGGUGGAUGACGGCCUCGCCCACUCCGCCAGCGCUGGUUCCACCGACUCGUAUCAGCGCCUUGUCGCCAAGCACGCCCCCGGUCAACGCCCGUCUUUCAUCCCCGACUAUCUGGUCUACCUCAAGCUCAGGGACGGAUCGAAGAAGCCCGUCCUGUGCGUCGAGUGCAAGCACUCCAAGGGUAACCCCGAGGACCAGGUAAACAGGUACUUCGACGAGUUCGCACAUGAGAGGGACCUCCACUGCAUGGCCGCGCGCAUUGCGCCGAAGACCCAGGGACCCGGUAUUCAGGUCGUGCUCUACCGCCGCGACCACACGAAGGCCCAGUUUCCUGGCCAUCCUCCCCCGGUGAUUCGGAUGCACCCAGGUGGCGGAAAGCGUAAGAAGUGGUACCUCCUGACCGACGACGACUUCUUGGAGCAAAUUCGGGUCCUUCGGAACGACUUUGGGGACUGGCCUGAGGAUGACGAGAAUGUUCGGGUCUCUCGGCCGUCCUAA